GCCUUCUAGGUUCGUGUAUUCCUUCUGCUCAUGAUUUUUUAUUAGUUUUUCUGGGUUCCUUUCUUAAGCCAUUUUCCCUCCUUUCUUCUUGAGAAAUUUUUUUGGGAAUGUACGGAGAAACUCCUAGAGAGAGAAAAGCAAGAAAAAAGAGUGGGUAAUUAAUAGGGAGACAGGGGGGUGGAAAGAGUCGGUAACUAAUAGCUGUAGAGGGAGGUGGGGAGAGAGAGAGAGGGGGCCAAUUUUCAAGAGGCUGAGGUGGGUUGCCUUGGAUCCAGGGAAGCCAAGUCUGAAAAAGAGAGUUCAAUGUUUAUGAUUCUUGGGCUUUUAUUUCUUUCUCAAGUUCUUUUUCAUGACACCCAUUUGCUUUCCCUUUCUUGUGUUCAUUACGGAUAUGGAUAGGACACUGAUACUCAAAUUUUAUCCAAUUUGAUUCAUACUUUCCUUUUUCUGGAUCAUUUGGGCACUCUCUCUGUGUAUUUGGAUGUGUAUCUAUCUGUAUAUGUAUGUGUGUGGCUGAUGAGGGUUUGACAGAGAAGAGUCCAGAGGUGAAGAUGUUGAAUAGGGUCUAGAGGAUUCUCGCUUAUCGUUACAUUUCAUUGAUGGAAUCCCAUGAAAUACGAGGUUGGGCCCUUUCCCUCUCACCAGAUUUACCUACCCAUUUCCUCUUGCCCUUUUUGGCUUCUUGAAUUGGAUUUCUGUUUGGUAGCCGGAAAUUGUUUAAACCCAAUGUCGGUUUAGGAUCAACCCAAAUGGUACAGGGGGGAAACAAUAGUUAAUUUAUGUUAGGUUUGAUGAUCUUGGAGUGGUUGGAAGGUUAAAGAUCAUUGAUUUUUGAGGAAGAGUAUUGAUGGAAGAGGUAUCCCCUGCAGUCGCAGUGCCAUUUAGGCUAGGUAAUUUGAUUUGUGAUGACUCGAAGUUAACUGCACACAUGGAAAUUGCGGGGCUUAAGCUUAUAGCAAACACAGCUACCUUGUUGUCAGAGCACCACCCUUCUAUGGUGUCACCUCUGGUAUCCGGCUCUAGUGGGAAUCAAGCUUUUUAUUGCAAUAAUUCAGAGAGUGUACCCAAUGAAGUAACAAUAAAUGAUAUUAGUUUGGCCUCCAGUCAUUCCAUAGAGGAGGAAAAUGAGGAAGAUGAUUUCGGGUCAUGGGGUGGAGGCCAAUUGAUGAAUAAUUCUUGUUCCCUGUCUGUGGCUGGUGAUACUGAAAGUAUUUGUAGUGAGGAAUUCUUGGGUUUGAAGGGUUUCUCUGAGUUCAAUUCACCAAGUUCAAUGGAUAUAACAGAGAACCGUCAUAGUCUUCAACUUAAUGCUACUACUAAUUUGCUGGAAUCAACUGUUGAGUCGGAGCAUGUAAGGGAUGUUCUUGCUGUUAGAGGGGGUCUUGAGGGUGAGGGUGGUGAAGGGUCUGACCCAAAAUUGUUUACCAGGGUUUUGGAGUUGACUAAUAAAAGGAGGAUGAAUAGAACAGUUAGCGUUUUUGAAUUCGAUUGUGUACCCCUUUGGGGAUUCACAUCCAUCUGUGGAAGGAGACUGGAGAUGGAAGAUGCUGUUGCAGCUGUGCCCAAUUUCUUGAAAAUUCCUAUUCAAACACUAACAGAUGGCCUGCUUCUCAAUGGCAUGAACCCAGAAUUAGAUUAUUUAACCGCGCAUUUCUUUGGAGUCUACGAUGGACAUGGGGGCUGUCAGAGCAUACAAGAGACCAAGAUUUUGAAAUUGGAUCAUUCACUAUUUGGGACCAGAGAUAACAAAGAACCUCCAAUGAAACUGAGCCUGAUGCAACUAUGGCUAAGGGUUGCGAACUAUUGCCGGGAUCGGUUGCAUUUGGCUUUGGCUGAGGAGGUAGAACUGUUGAAAGAGAGCUUGUGUAAUGGAAGUGCUGGAGGUAAUUGGCAAGAACAGUGGGAGAAAGUCUUCUCCAAUUGUUUUCUGAAAGUUGAUUCUGUGAUUGGAGGGGGUUGCAGAGGCAACACCGAUGCCUCUGAAGCUGGCCCUUCUGAAGAUAGUUCUACACUUGUUGCCUCUGAAACUGUUGGAUCAACUGCUGUGGUUACCAUUAUUUGUCAAACUCACAUCAUAGUCGCAAAUUGCGGUGAUUCAAGGGCUGUACUGUGUCGUGGAAAAGUACCUGUGCCAUUGUCAAUAGAUCACAAACCAAGUAGAGAAGACGAAUAUGCAAGGAUAGAAGCUGCAGGAGGCAAGAUCAUACAGUGGGACGGCUUACGUGUAUGUGGUGUUCUUGCAAUGUCUAGGUCCAUUGGUGAUCGAUACUUGAAACCAUGGAUCAUCCCAGAUCCAGAAGUAAUGUACAUUCCCCGAGAAAAAGAAGAUGAGUGCCUCAUUCUUGCCAGUGACGGGUUAUGGGAUGUCAUGACGAACCAGGAGGUUUGUGACACAGCAAGAAGACGAAUACUCCUCUGGCAUAAAAAGAAUGGUCAUAACCCACCUGCAGAAAGGGGCAGGGGAGUUGAUCCUGCAGCUCAAGCUGCAGCAGAGUGUCUCUCAAAGCUUGCUCUCCAAAAGGGAAGCAAAGACAACAUAACCGUGGUCGUGGUGGACUUGAAAUCUCGAAGGAAACUGAAGAGAAAAACUCAGCAGUAAGUUCACCUAUAUGUGGGAAGUUUUGAGAUAUAUCUGUAUGAUACUAAGAUAGAAUGUUGUUUAGUUCAUUUGUUUACGAAUGUUAGAAUGGUUUCUGUAUGUCUUGGAUUUGUAUACUUAAAAAAAGUAACAGUGGAAUACGCCAUUGUUUUAAUUCUAUCAUGCACCUUUGUCUCUGUA